AUGGAUCGCAUCAAGGAGAAAAUGAACUCUCUUCGCCUCGAGGCCGAUGAAUCCGCGGCCAAGAACCAGGAGCUGCAGGCCCAGGUCAAGACUCUAGAACAGGAAAAGAUGUCGAAGGAGCAGGAAGUCACCUCACUUCAGCACAAAAACAACCUCCUCGAGACCGAGGUCGAAAAGCUCGAGUCCAACAUCAAAGACCUGAAGACUGCUGCCGACGAGGGUCUACAACGCGGCACCCAGAACGAGACUCUCCAGCGACGACUGCAGCUGCUCGAGGAAGAGGCGGAAGAGGCUGACAAGACUCUUCGUGAGGCCAACGAGAAGCUUCGGCAAACCGACGUCCGAGCCGGUCAUUUCGAGCGCAAGGUUCAGGCCCUCGAGAACGAGCGCGACCAAUGGGAGCAGAAGUAUGAAGAGAUGGCUAAGAAGCACACAACCCUGCAGAAGGAGCUGGAGGAGCUCCAACAGGAGAUUGGCAACAUUUAG